AUGGCUUUACGAAGUUUCUUAGAAUCUAUUGAAAAAAUGAUAAAAAUGCACACGUUAACAAUCGAUAAACUACUUGAUCAAUAUGAAAAAGACGUCGAACAGGUGAAAUUUGAAUUUCUCGAUGAACGUGAAAGGAUCAUUCGAGAUCACAAUGUAUCAAAAACGGAAUUACAAGAUAUUAUCUACAAUAUGGAAAAAACAUUUCUCGAUACCGAAACAGCAGCUGAACAAAACUUUCAAGCGAACAUGGAAGAGCUACGUGACCGAUAUCGAGAAGAUAUUCAACAGUAUCAAAGCGAAGUUGAAAAACGUACACAAGACCUACAGAAUGAAAUGACAUCAUUACAAACGACGUAUAGAGAGGAAACAAAAGAUAGAAAAGCUCAAUAUCAAGAGUAUAAGAUGAAAGAUGAGAAAAGUUCGAAAGACAUUCGCGAAGCGACGAUCUAUAUCAACCGAAUGACUGAAAAAAUCAACAAUAUUAAAGCACAAAUAGCAUCAUUAGAAGCGAAUCAUCAAUCUCGAAUGCAAAAAGUUCAACAAGAAAAAGAUAGUAUGAAACAAUAUCUUCGUGAUUUGAAAUUUCAAUUAUCCGAAAUGCAAGAAGAAUUACAUCGUCGAUUAGUUAAACUGGCAUUAACAUGCGAUGCAACGCAGAAGAAAUUAGAAAAACGAGUUAAAACUGCGGAAACUAUUUUAACAUUUGCCGAAAUGUGUCGUAAAUUAGAAGCCGAAGAAGAGAAAGUCCUUCCGUUUUAUACAUCAACCUUAACUGAAGAAGAACGAGCAGAAGUCGAUGCCGCUUUCUACGAACAACCUUUCGAAGAAUUAGCUAAAGAUAUGUAUACCUAUGAUUCAUUGGAAACAUUUUGGAAGCGAUUUGGCAAAGUGUCUUUGGAUAAACUCGCUUUGGAAAAAGAACGAAGUAUUUUACAUUCAGAAAACAUGCAAUUAAAAAUGUUAUUGAAACAGUAUCUCGAUGGUAUAUCAGUUAAUGAUGAAAUCAUGAGUCAAACUAAUCCAUUGAUGAUCUAUUCAUCCAGACGUGUACUUGAAAGUCAGUCGACUACAAAUCAGUUACCAACUACUCGACCGAUAAAAGUGGUUAUUGAAGCUCAGCAUGUGAAAAGCGCCUUUUGA